AUGGUGUUUAUGGAUUACAUAAUGUGUAUGAUGCAUAUGGCGCGUGUGGAUGAUGUUUAUGAUAUUUGUGAUGUUGUUUAUGGUGUUUAUGGUGUUUAUGGCGUUGAUGGUGUUGAUGGUGUUGAUGGUUUUUAUGGUGUUGAUAGUGUUGAUGGUGUUGAUGGUGUUGAU